AUGAUACCAUACGCCAGCCACACAGCACAGCGGGGAGAAUCAGGCGGUCACACCCGAGCAAUAGGAUGCACUUGCAAAAAAGGUUACGUGGGCGAUGGCUCAACCUGUUAUGGAAACAUUAUGGAGCGACUCAGAGAAUUAAACACAGGACCUGGAGGAAAAUGGCAAGGAAGGCUGACCUCUUUCAUCUCACUCCUGGAUAAAGCUUAUGCCUGGCCACUGAGUAACCUGGGACCAUUCACUGUGCUGUUACCCACAGACAAGGGACUGAAAGGAUUCAACGUAAAGGAGCUUUUGAUGGAUAAUGAAGCUGCCAAGUACUUUGUGAAACUCCACAUCAUUGCUGGGCAGAUGAAUACCGAGCAAAUGAAUAGCACAGAUACUUUCUACACCUUGACUGGAAAGGCAGGGGAAAUCUUCAAUGAUGAUAAGGACAAUCAACUAAAGCUUAAACUCUACGGAGGCAAAAAGAAGGUAAGAAUUAUAGAAGGGGACAUAAUUGCUUCCAACGGACUCCUGCACAUCCUCGACAGAGCCUUGGACAGGAUAGCACCCACAUUUGAAAGCAACACUGAGCAAACCAUAAUGGCAAUGCUACAACCAAGAUAUAGCAAGUUCAGAUCUCUGCUAGAGGAAACCAAUGUGGGACAUGCUUUAGAUGAAGAUGGGGUUGGUGGACCAUAUACCAUUUUUGUUCCAAGUAAUGAGGCAUUGAAUAACAUGAAGGACGGCACUCUCGAUUACCUUCUUUCUCCAGAGGGAUCUCGGAAGCUUCUGGAACUCGUCAGAUACCACAUUGUCCCGUUUACCCAGCUGGACGUGGCCACCCUCCUCUCCAGCCCUCGCAUCAGGAGCAUGGCGAACCAGGUCAUCCAGUUCAACAUCACCGACAGCGGACAGAUUCUGGCAAAUGAUGUGGCAAUGGAAGAAACUGAAGUCGCUGCCAAAAAUGGCCGAAUUUACACACUGUCUGGAGUUCUCAUUCCUCCCUCUAUUGUCCCAAUACUGCCCCAUCGAUGUGAUGAAACAAAGAGAGAAUUAAAACUGGGCACUUGCGUAAGCUGUUCCCUGGUGUACUGGAGCAAAUGUCCUCCCAACUCGGAGCGCACAGCACUCUUCACACACAGAUGUAUCUACAGGACAAGGACCAUGAAAAGCGGCUGUGCCCGGUACUGUAAUGCCACCGUGCAGAUCCCAAAGUGCUGCAAAGGCUUCUACGGGCCCGAUUGCAGCCAGUGUCCAGGAGGCUUCUCGAAUCCAUGCUCAGGAAAUGGACAGUGUGUAGACGGCCUCCACGGCAACGGGACAUGCAUUUGCGAGGAUGGCUUCCAAGGCUCCCAGUGUCAGUUCUGCUCUGAUCCCAACAAAUACGGACCUCGGUGCGACAAAAAAUGUCUGUGCAUUCACGGGACGUGCGACAACAGGAUAGACAGCGACGGGGCCUGCCUCACGGGCACGUGCAGAGACGGCUCGGCGGGGAGAUUCUGUGACAAGCAGCCCUCAGCCUGUGGGCCCUUCGUGCAGUUCUGUCACAUCCAUGCCACCUGUGAAUACGGCAAUGGGACAGCUAGCUGCAUUUGCAAAGCAGGCUAUGAAGGAGACGGGACUGUGUGUUCAGAGAUGGACCCCUGCACAGGAUCGACCUCAGGAGGCUGUAGCCGCAACGCAGAAUGCAUCAGAACCGGCCUGGGCACCCACGCCUGCGUGUGUCAGCAGGGAUGGACAGGGAGUGGGAGAGACUGCGUCGAGAUCAACAACUGCCUCCUGCCCAGUGCAGGUGGCUGCCACCCCAAUGCAACCUGCUUAUAUGUGGGCCCCGGGCAGAGCGAGUGUGAGUGCAAGAAAGGAUUUCGAGGAAGCGGGAUUGACUGCGAACCAAUAACUUCAUGCUUGGAACAGACUGGGAAGUGUCAUCCAUUGGCGCGCUGUCAGCUCUCUCCUUCCGGUGUCUGGAGCUGUGUCUGUCAAGAGGGCUAUGAGGGGGACGGCCUCCUGUGCUAUGGAAAUGCAGCCGUGGAAUUGUCGUUUCUCUCCGAAGCAGUUAUAUUUAGCCAGUGGAUACACAAUGCUUCUCUGCAAGCCAUGCUGUCAGCAGCGCCAAACCUCACUGUCCUCGUGCCUUCCCAACAAGCUAUCGAGGACAUGCACCAAGAUGAGAAAGCCUUCUGGUUGUCACAGAGCAACAUGCCGGCCCUGGUAAAGUACCACACGCUGCCAGGCAUGUACAGAGUGGCAGAUCUGCAGAGCCUGUCUUCUUCUGACAUGCUGGCAACAUCCUUGCAGGGCAACUUCCUUCACCUGGCAAAGGUGGACGGGAAUGUCACCAUUGAGGGAGCGUCCAUCAUUGACGGGGACAACGCCGCCAUAAACGGAGUCAUACACAUCAUCAACAAGGUGCUGGUCCCCCAGAGAGGCCUAGCUGGCUCCCUGCCGAACCUGCUUACGCGGCUGGAGCAGAUGCCCAACUACUCCAUCUUCCGGGGCUACAUCAUUCAAUAUAACCUGGCCAGUGCCAUUGAGGCUGCCGAGACCUACACGGUGUUUGCUCCGAACAAUGAUGCCAUCGAGAAUUACAUCCGGCAGAAGAAAGCGGCAAGUCUAGAGGAGGACGUCCUGCGGUAUCACGUGGUCCUGGAGGAGAAACUCCUGAAGAAUGACCUGCACAACGGCAUGCACCGGGAGACCAUGCUGGGCGUCUCCUACCUCCUCGGCUUCUUUCUCCGCAAUGACCAGCUCUAUGUAAAUGAGGCUCCAGUAAACUACACCAAUGUCGCCACUGACAAAGGAGUGAUCCAUGGCUUGGGGAAAGUUCUGGAAAUUCAGAAGAAUAGAUGUGAUAAUAAUGACACUACCAUUGUACGAGGAAAGUGUGGGCAGUGCCCCCAGCAGCCGGUCUGCCCGUUAGGAACUAAGCCACUGGGUAAUGAGACAAGGACCUGUAUCUAUACCAUUUAUUUCAUGGGAAAACGAUCCCUGUUCAUUGGGUGCCAGCCAAAAUGCGUGAAAACUGUCAUUACGAGGGAGUGCUGUGCCGGCUUCUUCGGCCCCCAGUGCCAGCCCUGCCCAGGGGGCACCCAGAACGUGUGCUUUGGCAACGGUGUCUGCUUGGAUGGAGUGAAUGGCACGGGCGCCUGUGAAUGUGGGGGGGGCUUCCAGGGAACGGCCUGCGAGACCUGUACCGAGGGCAAGUACGGCAUCCACUGCGACCAAGCGUGUUCUUGUGCCCACGGGAGAUGCAACCAAGGGCCCUCAGGGGACGGCUCCUGCGACUGUGAUGUUGGCUGGCGGGGAGUACACUGUGAUAGCGUGAUCACCAAAGACGCCUGCAAUGGGGCAUGCCACAGCAGUGCCAACUGUCUUCUCGGUCCGGAUGGCACUGCCUCGUGCAAGUGUGCAGCAGGAUUCCAAGGCAACGGGACGGUCUGCACAGCCAUCAAUGCCUGUGAGAUCAGCAACGGAGGCUGCUCUGCCAAGGCCGACUGCAAGAGAACCACCCCAGGACGCCGGGUGUGUGCGUGCAAAGCAGGCUACACAGGCGAUGGCAUCGUGUGCCUGGAAAUCAACCCAUGUCUGGAGAACAACGGCGGCUGUGACAAGAACGCAGAGUGCACGCAGACGGGACCCAACCAGGCCGUCUGUAACUGUCUGCCGACGCACACUGGAGAUGGGAAGUUCUGCACGUUCAUCAACGUCUGCUUGACCAAAAAUGGCGGCUGUAGUGAAUUUGCCAUCUGCAAUUACACUGGCACAGAAGAAAGGACGUGUACUUGCAAGCCAAACUAUGUCGGAGAUGGAUUUACCUGUCGUGGCAGUAUCUAUCAGGAGCUUCCCAAGAACCCAAAAACUUCCCAGUAUUUCUUCCAGUUGCAGGAGCAUUCUGUGAAGGACCUGGUGGGCCGGGGCCCCUUCACCGUUUUUGCACCUUUAUCUGCAGCCUUUGAUGAGGAGGUGCAGCUAAAAGAUUGGGACAGGCAGGGCCUGAUUCCCCAGGUCCUUCGUUACCACGUGAUCGCCUGCCAGCAGCUGCUUCUGGAAAACCUGAAACUGACUCCAAAUGCGACUUCUCUCCAGGGGGAGCCGAUCGUCUUCUCCAUCUCUCAGGGCACGGUGUAUAUAAAUAACAAGGCUAAGAUCAUAUCCAGUGAUAUCAUCUGUUCUAAUGGGAUCAUCCACAUCAUAGACAAACUGCUGUCUCCCCAGAAUUUGAUUCUCACCCCCAAAAACGCCUCUGGAAGGAUUGUGCAAAAUCUUACAACAGUGGCAACAAACCAUGGCUACACCAAAUUUAGCAACUUAAUACAGGACUCAGGCUUGCUGAGUGUCAUCACGGACCCCAUCCACACCCCAGUCACUCUCUUCUGGCCCACGGACCAAGCCCUCCAGGCACUCCCCUCCGAACAACAGGACUUCCUGUUCAACCAGGACAACAGGGACAAGCUGAAGGGAUAUUUGAAGUUCCACGUGAUCCGAGAUUCCAAGAUUCUAGCUGUGGAUCUUCCUAAAUCUGCCGCCUGGAAGACCCUGCAAGGUUCUGAGCUGAGUGUGACGUGUGGAGCCGGCAGUGACAUCGGUGAGCUCUUUCUAAAUGGCCAAACAUGCAGAAUUGUGCAGCGUGAGCUCCUGUUUGACCUGGGCGUGGCCUACGGCAUUGACUGUCUACUGAUCGAUCCCACCCUGGGGGGCCGCUGUGACACAUUUACUACUUUCAAUGUCUCGGGAGACUGUGGGAGCUGUUCCAAUAUUCCCAGCUGCCCGAGGUGGAGUAAACCAAAGGGCGAGAAGCAGAAGUGUCUCUACAACCUGCCCUUCAAGAGGAACGCGGAAGGCUGCCGGCAGCAGUGCGGCCUGGUGAUCCGGCUCCCCCGGUGCUGCAAGGGCUACUUCGGGCGAGACUGCCAGGCCUGUCCUGGAGGCCCAGAGGCCCCGUGUAACAACCGCGGCGUCUGUCUCGAUCAGUACUGGGCCACCGGAGAGUGUCAGUGCAACAUCGGCUUCAAUGGGACGGCGUGUGAGAUGUGCUGGCCGGGGAGAUUCGGGCCUGACUGUCAGUCCUGUGGCUGCUCGGACCAUGGCCAGUGCGACGAUGGCAUCACGGGCUCCGGGCAGUGCUUCUGUGAAACGGGGUGGACCGGUCGCUUCUGUUACACUCCAACAGACCUGCCCCCAGUUUGCACGCCGCCGUGUUCUGCUCACGCCACCUGCAAGGAAAACAACACAUGCGAGUGCAACCUGAACUACGAAGGUGAUGGACUCACAUGCACAGUGGUGGACUUCUGCAAGCAGAACAACGGUGGCUGCGCGAAGGGUGCCACAUGCUCCCAGAAGGGCACGAAAGUCUCCUGCAGCUGCCAGAAGGGCUACAAGGGGGACGGGCACAGCUGCACAGAGAUCGACCCCUGUGCGGACGGCCUCAACGGGGGCUGUCACGAGCAUGCCACCUGCACGAUGACAAGCCCGGGCAAACAGAAGUGUGAGUGUAAGAGUCACUACGUGGGAGACGGGCUGAACUGUGAACCGGAACAGCUGCCGGUUGACCGUUGCUUACAGGACAAUGGACAGUGCCACCCAGAUGCCAACUGCGCCGAUCUCCACUUCCAGGAUACCACCGUGGGGGUGUUCCAUCUACGCUCCCCGCUGGGCCAGUACAAGUUGACCUUUGACAAAGCCAGAGAGGCCUGUGCCAAUGAGGCUGCAACCAUGGCAACCUACAACCAGCUCUCCUACGCCCAGAAGGCCAAGUACCACCUCUGCUCGGCAGGCUGGCUGGACAGUGGGCGGGUCGCCUACCCCACGGCCUUUGCCUCCCAGAAAUGCGGCUCCGGCAUGGUGGGGAUAGUGGACUACGGACCUCGACCCAACAGGAGCGAAAUGUGGGAUGUCUUCUGCUAUCGGAUGAAAGAUGUGAACUGCACCUGCAAGGUGGGCUAUGUGGGGAAUGGCGUGUCGUGCAGUGGGAACCUGCUGCAAGUCCUGAUGUCCCUUCCCUCCCUCACAAACUUCCUGACGGAAGUACUGGCCUAUUCCAACAGCUCGGCAAGAGGCCGGGCGUUUCUGGAACACCUGAGUGACCUUUCCAUCCAGGGCACCUUCUUUGUGCCACAGAACAGUGGGCUGGGGGAAAACGAGACCCUGUCUGGCCAGGACAUUGAGCACCACCUCGUCAGUGUCAGCACUGUGUUCUACGACGAGCUUGUCAACGGCACCACUCUGCGAACGAGGCUGGGAAGCCAGCUGCUCAUCACCUCCAGCCAGGACCCACUCCAGCCAAAAGAGACCAGGUUUGUCGAUGGAAGAGCCAUUCUGCAGGGGGACAUUGUCGCCUCUAAUGGGAUCAUUCAUAUCAUUUCCAGGCCUUUAAAAGCACCGGCCACCCCCGUGACCUCGGCCCACACUGGCUUGGGGACAGGAAUCUUCUUUGCCGUCAUCCUGGUUGCUGGAGCCAUUGCCUUGGCAGCCUAUUCUCACUUUCGGCUCAGCCGGAGAGGGACCGGCUUCCAGCGUUUUGAGUCGGAAGAGGACAUUGAUGUUGCGGCUCUUGGCAAUCGGCCACCUGAGAACAUCUCAAACCCCAUGUAUGAGAGCGUGGCCGCGGCUCCCCCCGAGCCUUCCUAUGACCCCUUCGUGGACUCUGAUGAACUACAGCUGGAGAGCAGUGACCCCUUGGGGGCAUUGUGA